CUGUUCAGCCAGACUCCUUAUCCUACACUUAGAAAUGAUUUACAGGUGCUCACUGCUAUUGGAUCCGGGAAAUCGCCUUGGAACUGGGAUACAGGAGUGCCAUUAGAAAGUCUGCUCUCAACGUGCUGCCAUCCAGAGCAAGAAGCUCGACCCUCAAUAGACGCCGUUCUUAGUGAAAUUCAUCUUGUUCAUGCUCCGGUUCGCCUGGCAUUUGCCACUGCUUCUGCUAACGAUGGUGUCCCAAUGGAAGCCCCGCAUGAAGUCUCUUGGGAGUCGCCGCUUGCCGUCCCUGACAUGACUGUUCCUCGGCAAGGUAGUCCUAAGCCUGGUGCUACGGGGGGGAAGGAUGACUCAUUCGCGAAGACUACAAAUGGACAUAACCAAACGAAAGAAAGAGUUCCCGUUUUUGGCGGUUCGCACAUUGCUGCGCCAGAUCCUGGAGUCCUUGUUGCUGCUACACCCAUGAUCACCACCUCCAGCAAGACAAAUUGUGUGGAACAUGUAUCCUCGUCGCUCUUAGUGCACAAGGAGCCGAGUAUAAAUAAUGGGCGCGAUGGAUUCACGGGAAUUGCGCAAGAUGCGCCGACUGGUAGUUCGAAGUUGAAGAGAAAAGGCCGCAGUCGGGGCGAGACGCACACCGAAAACUGGGCGGUGACUCCUCGUGUCCUUGUUGUCGAGGAUGAUCUUGUAGCAAGAAGACUCUCGAGCAAAUUUCUGCAGGUGUCCGGAUGUGCAAUCGACGUUGCUGAAGAUGGGCUCAAAGCGGUCGAUAAGAUGAACUCAAAGAAAUAUGAUUUAGUCUUAAUGGAUAUCAUGAUGCCUAGGCUGGAUGGAAUAUCGGCGACGACCCUGAUUCGGAAAUUUGACCAGAUGACACCCAUAAUCUCAAUGACGACGAAUUCGAAGCCAGCAGAGGUUGAGACCUACUACUCAAAUGGGAUGAACGAUAUUUUACCCAAACCAUUCACUCUGGAUGCCAUGAUUGAUAUCCUCGACAAACAUCUCAACCAUCUCAAACGCUUGAAGGAUCUUGGAGAAUGUCACAAUUCCCUGUUUAAAGACGAUGAGGCGAUUGUCCAGGAAGGGAUCCCAACUGCUUUGGGUAGCAUACCGUCCAUCCUAUUGACCCCCAGCUUCUCGGAUAGCUAUCCUACCGCAGAAGGGCCUGUUUCGCUCUCCACCUUCACUGACAGCACCUCUCAUGGACCAUCGUCUUCUGCCUCUUCCGCUGGGUAUCGGAUCAAGGAUCCCUCGAAGAUCAAGCUUCUAAAAGAACUUGAGCCGGAAUCGCAGCGAUACCCCAGAAUACCUCUGAAAUCACUACGAACGAGCAGCAAGACGAUCCCUAAGCCUCCUGACAUCGCUAGUCCAGGAUUAUUCAGCGAAGGCCCAGAUGCCGAAGUAACUGGGACCACUGUUGGGGGUACGACUUUACCGAUAUUCUCGUCAUCGAAGAAACGCGAACGAGAAGAAGAACGUGGGAAAGGAGUGAAGAGGAUUCGAUUCAAGAUUGUCGACGAAGAAACUGGGGCACCACCUGAUCAACUUGUGAUCCUGGAACUACCAGAUCUCGGACAUUAAUGCCUUUUUUUACUCCGCGCGGGUUGCGCUUCCUUAUCAUUAUGCACUCCGUCGUGUAUCAACAUCUGUUCCAAUAUUCUCCGUGGCCUGGGCACGUCCUAAGUACAUAGAAGUUCAUUUCGACUCUUUUAUGCGCUGAUUGGAUUGGCGUCAUUACUACGGCAAGUUAAUUGCUAAAUGCUCGAUCGUCUAGUUCGUCAUUAUUGGUUGUUUCUCGUAUCAAGGGACACUAUGCAUCCCGACUCUGCCGAUUUCCUUUUCGCCUUUUCAUUGUCCCCAUACACUUGGCACCCAUUCCACCAGCCGGCUGCAGCUAACGUUGUUCAUCCUACGUGACUCAUCAUCAUUCAUCAAGUAGCAUGCAUACGCAUAGG